UUUAAAUAUAGAUUAACUGCCCUGAGGUGAUGAUGUCAUCCUUCCUGGGAGCCAAAGCUUCAUGACUUUAUAUUUCAUCAUUUCUGUCUGCUGGGGAGACAGAAAAAAAGACCUGAAGAAAAUAGCCCAAAGAGAUGUUUAGAAAAUGAUGCCUAUGAUUCCUACCUUCACUACAUGAGAUGAAGAACAUGAAAGGGCCAGGGCAUGUUUCUGAUAGCUAAAUUUCAUCACGAGAAGGAAAAUACAUCUGCAAAAGCAUUCCAUUAUAUGAUAGAAGGAUGAUUUUUAAACUGACUGAAAAAUUGCAAAAUUAAUACAAUGAAUAUGAUAACAUCUUAAUAGAUGGUAGCUAAGCAAAGCAUAGUAGCUAGUAGAGAGAACGUACAUGGGCUUUGAAGUCAGUGAUAUAUGGCUUGAAACUUCAACUCCACCACUUACUAGCUGUGUGACCAUGGGCAAGCUAAUGAAAUCUGUGAGCCUCAUGUCUCUCAUCUAUAAACUGGAGAAAGACAGCAAGAAGCGAAUAUUUUCUGGCAUUCAACCUACAGGAAUCCUCCACCUGGGCAAUUACCUGGGAGCCAUUGAGAACUGGGUGAGGUUACAGGAUGAAUAUGACUCUGUAUUAUACAGCAUUGUUGACCUACACUCCAUUACUGUCCCCCAAGACCCAGCUGUCCUUCGGCAGAGCAUCCUGGACAUGACUGCUGUUCUUCUUGCCUGUGGCAUAAACCCGGAAAAAAGCAUCCUUUUCCAACAAUCUCAGGUGUCUGAACACACACAGUUAAGUUGGAUCCUUUCCUGCAUGGUCAGACUACCUCGAUUACAACAUUUACAUCAGUGGAAGGCAAAGACUACCAAGCAGAAGCACGAUGGCACGGGGGGCCUGCUCACAUACCCAGUACUCCAGGCAGCCGACAUUCUGUUGUACAAGUCCACACACGUUCCUGUUGGGGAGGAUCAAGUCCAGCACAUGGAACUAGUUCAGGACCUAGCAGAAGGUUUCAACAAGAAGUAUGGGGAGUUCUUUCCAGUGCCCAAGUCCGUUCUAACAUCCAUGAAGAAGGUAAAAUCCCUCCGUGAUCCUUCUGCCAAAAUGUCGAAAUCAGACCCUGACAAACUGGCCACCGUCCGAAUAACGGACAGCCCAGAGGAGAUAGUGCAGAAAUUCCGCAAGGCUGUGACGGACUUCACCUCGGAGGUCACCUAUGACCCGGCUGGCCGCGCUGGCGUGUCCAACAUGGUGGCAGUGCACGCCGCGGUGACGGGGCUCUCGGUGGAGGAAGUGGUGCGCCGCAGCGCGGGCAUGGACACUGCUCACUACAAGCUGGCCGUGGCAGAUGCUGUGAUUGAGAAGUUUGCCCCAAUUAAGCGUGAAAUUGAAAAACUGAAGCUGGACAAGGACCAUUUAGAGAAAGUUUUACAAAUUGGAUCAGCAAAAGCCAAAGAAUUAGCAUACCCUGUGUGCCAGGAGGUGAAGAAAUUGGUAGGUUUUCUAUAGGAAGUUUCAACGAAUCACAGUAAGGCUUUUGUGCCUUGCACUCCAUGCAUUCUGAUAACGGCAGCUUUCCUCACAAGAAAAAGUUAUAGUUUUGGGACAUUUAAUUUGGUAUAGCUGAUUAUUGGCUUUAUUUGAUGAAUAUUGCUUUGUAGCUUUGAAAUACGACAGUGUUCCAAACCCCAUCAACAAAAUGCUGUGAACAACAACAAAAAUAAAUAAAUAAAUAAAGAAGGCAUAGCUGUCUGAAUCCCCAAUUAUUGAGGCACACUCCUUGGCCUACACAAAUGUGAUUGAGGUAAGGAGUAAUUUGGGAAAUGGAGUGUCAUUUGUGCUUCUUUCUGGAGUACUUAGUGUAACAGAUGCACACUUUAUCUACUUCAACCCUUUUAUAAAGCAAUAUAUAGAGUUCUUAGAUGUUUAAUCCUUGAGAUGCCAUUUGAUCAGAUGCUAAUUUGUAUUCAGAUCUCAUAAAAACAAGUCCAUUCUUAUAGUUUGUUUGUCACUGAGAUGGUGCCUGAUUUAAUAUAUUUAAGUUGAUUAACUUGUUUUCCAAGAGGUGACACCAACUGUUCCAGCAAUAAUUUGUUUUUUAAUUCAGAGAUAUGGGAUAUGAUCUUCUAAGGAGGUUGCAUUAUUUUGACUUGAUUUAUUUACUGUACAAGAGCCCAAGUCCCUGAAUUAUAUUCUUAAUAAGUACUUUCUUGCAUUCAUUUCAGUUUAGUCUCACCAACCCCCUAUGAAUUAGGAGAAUUAGUGUCAUUUUACACAUGAGGAAAGUGAGGCUGAGAGAAUCCAAUUAGCUUGUACGAUAUCACUCCAUAAGAGAAGCAAAUCUGAGAGUAAAACUCUUACCCCUUAUUCUUAAGAAUAGUGCUUGUUUCAUCAGUACCAAAAAAUAAAAAUGCUGAAAGGUAGCAUUUUUUAGACUCUCAACAUUCUGAUUUUGAAGGUGGGUAUUGGAACGACUGAUGACGUUUAUAUCAUCAAUUCAGCCAAUAGAUGCGAACUUAAAAUCUGGAUUCAGACAACCGUGGUCACAUUUCCCCAUCACAAUCCCCAAGGCAGGUCCCAAGUUCUCUCCUCUAUGCUUUUUGCAGAAACACUUUGAAAUAGGUUCUGCCAGUCUACAACAGCAGUGAAGACUGAUAAAUCAGAUAUUCCCAAUGACUGACAGCUUCUCAUCUUGCCUCUACCUCAGUUAAGUAAUGUCACCCUAAAACCUAGCUUUUCUGCACUUCUAUUUCUGACACUUGAAAAUGAAAAUGAUAAUCCUGACUUAUACAACAAGACCUGUUAGGAAUAUCGAUUUGGUAACAGAAAUUGCUUAUAAGUUUUUUGUCAGUAAGGACCAUGAUCACCAUUUGUACAUACCUAACUAGGUUGUUGAGCAAAGCAUUUUUGCUCAUGUUUCUUAAGGAAGUAGAGUGGUCCUCGUGUCAGAACACAUGUAAAUCCACAAAACACCACAUCUCAGAAUCCGAAUUAAAAGAUCCUUUUUAGGAUUCUUGGAGCUAGCCUGGAUCAUGGGAAAAGGAAACAUUUUGCCUUUUGUAUCUUAUAUUGGAAUGGGAUGUCUAUAAAUCCUAGAACCUCUUUGAGCAUAUUUCUUACUAGCCUCUUUUUUUUCCCCUUUAAAGGAAACUUUGAAAGGAUUAUGAAUACUGGAAAAUGACAAAAUUAAAGGUAGAUCUAUUUGCCUUUUGUAUCUUAUAUUGGAAUGGGAUGUCUAUAAAUCCUAGAACCUCUUUGAGCUAUUUCUUACAGGCCUCUUUUUUUCCCCUUUAAAGGAAACUUUGAAAGGAUUAUGAAUACUGGAAAAUGACAAAACUAAAGGUAGAUCUAUCAAGCCAA